CCUCUGAUAAGAGCCCAGGUCUCCGGGGCUUAUGGUGGCCUGGGCUUCCAGGUCAUGAUGCUAGGAGGGUCCUGGGCCGGGAAGCCCUGAGCAGGGCCCAGGCCAUCCAUGGGGGGUCAGUGGCCAUCACCUUCCCUUCCGCCUGCAGGCUGCUGAUACGCAGGAGGAAAUCCUGGCGGGUUCCUGUGGGGGUGAGCUGGCGGGGCCUCCCGGCUGCUUUUAAGGCCACUGCCCGCCCCGUCCCGCCUGCCUGCACUGUGCCUGCCUCCUAGAGCUCAUUCCCUGCGCCACUGGCUGCCUGACGCUGUCCUGGACAGCGUGCCCGCCAGCCAUGGCAGGACCCCGGGGCCUCCUCCCGCUCUGCCUCCUGGCCUUCUACCUCGCAGGCUUCAGCUUCAUCAGGGGGCAGGGGCUGUCCAAACGCUGUGAUGUGAAAACCACGCUUUCCACUCACGUACCCUGCACCUCGUGCGCGGCCGUCAAGAAGCAGACGUGUCCUCCAGGCUGGCUUCGGGAGCUCCCGGAUCAGAUAGCCCAGGACUGCCGCUACGAAGUACAGCUGGGGGGCUCUAUGGUGUCCAUGAGCGGCUGCAGACGGAAGUGCCGGAAGUACAUGGUGGAGAAGGCCUGCUGCCCUGGCUACUGGGGCUCCCAGUGCUAUGAAUGCCCUGGCGGUGCCCAGACCCCAUGCAAUGGCCACGGGACCUGCUUGGAUGGCAUAGAAAGGAACGGGACCUGUGUGUGCCAGGAAAACUUCCGUGGCUCAGCCUGCCAGGAGUGCCAAGACCCCAACCGGUUCGGGCCUGACUGCCAAUCGGUGUGCAGCUGUGUGCACGGCGUGUGCAACCAUGGGCCACGUGGAGAUGGAAGCUGCCGGUGCUUUGCUGGAUACACUGGCCCCCACUGUGAUCAAGAGCUGCCCAUCUGCCAGAAGCUGCGCUGUCCCCAGAACACCCAGUGCUCUGCAGAGGCCCCCAGCUGUAGGUGCCUGCCCGGCUACACGCAGCAGGGCAGUGAAUGCCAAGCCCCCAACCCCUGCUGGCUAUCACCCUGCUCACCACUGGCCCAGUGCUCAGUAAGCCCCACGGGGCAAGCUCAGUGUCAUUGUCCUGAGAACUACCAUGGCGACGGGAUGGUGUGUCUGCCCAAGGACCCUUGCACUGACAACCUUGCUGGCUGCCCCAGCAACUCUACCUUGUGUGUAUACCAGAAGCCAGGCCAGGCUUCCUGCAUCUGCCGGUCAGGCCUGGUCAGCAUCAAAAGCAAUGCCUCUGGGGGCUGCCAAGCCUUCUGCUCCCCCUACUCCUGUGACCGGUCGGCCACCUGCCAGGUGACCGCUGAUGGGAAGACCAGCUGUGUGUGCAAGCAGGGCGAGGUGGGGGAUGGGCGUGCCUGCUACGGACACCUGCUCCAGGAGGUGCAGAAGGCCAUGCAGACAGGCCGGGUGUUCCUGCAGCUGAGGGUCGCCAUGGCCAUGAUGGACCAGGGCUGCCGGGAGAUCCUCACCACAGCAGGCCCGUUCACCGUGCUGGUGCCGUCCAUACCCUUCUCCUCCUCCAGGACCAUGAACGCAUCCCUCGCCCAGCAGCUCUGCCGACAGCACAUCAUCGCAGGGCAGCACAUCCUGGAGGACACGAAGUCCCAACAAACACGAAGGUGGUGGACGCUGGCUGGGCAGGAGAUCACUGUCGCCUUCAACCAAUUCACGAAAUACUCCUACAAGUACAAAGACCAGCCCCAGCAGACAUUCAACAUCUACAAGCCCAACAACGUAGCAGCCAAUGGCAUCUUCCACGUGGUCACUGCCCUGCGGUGGCAGCCCCCCUCUGGGAUCUCGGGGGAUCCCAAGAAAACUAUCAGUCAGAUCCUCGCCUCUACAGAGGCCUUCAGCCGCUUUGAAACCAUCCUGGAGAACUGUGGGCUGCCCUCCAUCCUGGACGGACCUGGGCCCUUCACAGUCUUUGCCCCAAGCAAUGAGGCUGUGGACAGCUUGCGUGACGGCCGCCUGAUCUACCUCUUCACAACAGUAAGCUCGGUGGGAGAAGGGGCUGUGGGUAUGGGGGUACCAGGGCCUCCACGC